GUUGAGAUCUGGCAAAAUGAGCCUACGGAAACAAACUCCAAGUGAUUUCUUGAAACAAAUCAUAGGAAGACCAGUUGUUGUCAAGCUAAAUUCUGGAGUUGAUUAUCGAGGAGUGCUGGCUUGUUUGGAUGGAUACAUGAAUAUAGCCCUGGAACAGACAGAAGAAUAUGUAAAUGGACAACUGAAGAAUAAAUAUGGGGAUGCUUUCAUCAGAGGAAACAAUGUGUUGUAUAUAAGUACACAGAAGAGGAGAAUGUGAGCAUACCAGAAGAUGAAAUAUUUUCUAUUGCAACUUUUGUUUCUUAAAUGUUGUUUUGUUGCCUGCAAUCCUUCAGUGAACAAAAUUGUUACAUUAUCCUGUAAAGAUACAUGGUCUGUAUAAAAGGGUGGAUAUUUUUUAAUAUGUAAAAACAAAAUGGAACUUUUUCUCAUUUUGAAACAGUUUUGUGUUAUAACUUGAAAUGAAAUAAAAAUGGAAAGUACUAUGA